AUGGACCAUGGAGAUCCUGUAGAGAAAGCUCUGGAAUUAGGUGCUGUGUAUUUCAAAAACGAAGAUUUUCAUAGUGCCCUCAACCUCUUUACUAAAGCUCUUAAACUUGCCCUUUCUUAUGAUCAAGAAACAUUAGAAAAAAUCCGUAUCUCGCAUGGACUGAGUGAGCGGCCGGUUCCUGGUAUGGGGGAGCUGGUUCACGCUAGGUUGGUGAAGUUGUUAGACAAUAGGGCAGCUACUUGGGAAAAAUUGGGCAAUUUGGCCAAAGCUUUGAAAGAUGCUAAUCGAGCAGUCAGAUACGAGCCAUUCAACUUAAAAUGCUACCUACGGCGAGGAAAGGUUCUACAGAAGCUGGGAAAAGACCAAGAAGCUCUUGAGAAUUAUGACAGUGGUCUUUCUAAAGUGCACGAAAUGGAGACCCAAUGGUAUACCACUCCUCCAGCACGACUUGUGGGAUUGCUCAAAGGCCAGAAAACAUUGGUGAAAGAACGAAUGAAGCCAGCAGUGCCUCUCCAAGACGAAAAGCCUCGGGCCAAGAGAGUUCCAAUUUUGCCUCCGAAGGAGUCCUUUCUAGAAAGGACUAAGAACCACAAGCGGGGAUCGUCUAUCAAGUUAGAUAUCGUCGGUCAGUGUCCGCUAGAGAUGUUGAAAGGCAUCCUCUUAAACUUGGACACGAAUCAAUUGAUUCACUGCAUGAAAGUAAGCAAAAUUUGGCAUGCACGCAUCUGCAUGUUGCCUGAAGUUUUCCGUAAGUUCGAUCUGAGUCCCUGCAGUACCAGAGCUAUUUCAUCGUUUCUGGAGUUUAUUAACGUCAUAUACCGAGGUAAUCAACGGGGGUUGAUUGAAAUGAUAAAAUACUCGAGCUCCUCAUCGUCCGUGGACGCACGAACAAUCUCUUCUUUGAUUCGAAAGUUAAAACCUCGUCUCAGGACACUAAUAUUGAAUAGUAAAACAAUUGAUUUUGAGCAAUUGACUGUUUGUCUCGCGGCGAAUCGGAAACUGGUGGCCAGUUUGGAGGAGUUGAGCUUGUGCGUGGAUUUCCGAACUAAUCGUGCUGGACAAUUAGACUGUCUCUUUUUGGAAAGCUUUUCAAAUGUUCGCAAGCUUGAGUUGAUUUUCCCCGGCUGCGCUGGUCCUAGUCGAGGAAACUUUUUGAGUGAGCCUCGGCCACUGAAUGUGCAAUAUCAUAAUUUGAAAAAUCUGGAAACUUUUAAACUGAUAUGCGACUUGAAAUUGAUGGGAGCCUCGUUUCCUUUGAAGUCUUUAUUUUCCCUAGGGGAUUUACCUCAAUUGACAAAAGUGUAUAUUUGCGGCGUGUCUUUUGAUUACGCGACGGACUUCGAAUGGCUAAAAAAAAUGCCCAACUUGCGUGAGCUUUGGCUGGAGAAUAACAGAAACAUUUUUUUAGAUGACUUUUUGCGGGCUCUUGUUUAUCAGCCUCUUUUUCGAAACCUUACAAAACUCACUUUACGAGAGCAUCGAGUUUCUAAUCAAGCCGUGAACUUGAUCCAGUACCCCGACUUGCUCGAAAAUGCGACUUUUAUUGAAAAUAUUAAAAGUUUGGUAAGUUUAGAUUUGAUGUGCACAUCAAUCGGCUCUCGAGGGUUGUUAAAGCUGCUGUCACUAUUUGCAACUGAUCAAUUAAAGAAAUUGAAUAUCGGGGACUGCCCAUAUAUUCAUUUCCAGCGGGGCGAGGGAAACGGAUUUAUGAACAUAAAAGAUCUGAUUUUGUUGAUUCCCCACGUCGAAGAGCUUCUACUCCACCAAUCGGUGGCACUUGAUGAUCAUACUAUCAAAGAAUUUUCGCGGCAUGUCAAAAAUCUCAAAAAGCUCCGAAAACUUGACCUCUCAUUCAACGUGGCCCUAACCGGCGUGUCUAUUUAUGAGCUUCUACGCGCAUUUAAGGAAGAAUUUAUGAUUCUCCAAAAAGUUGUAGUGGAUGGUUGCCCGUCAAUCAUGGAACGUACGGCUACGGCUUUAAAACAGGGCGACCUUGUCAGAGAAUUCUCAUGCAUGUACGAUAAAGAUAGCUGGAAAGUUUACGGGGUAAACACCCUUGUAAAAUAA